AUGGCUCUUUCUGUUGUUGAUUUGUCAAAUAAUGGUUAUGUUUCGUUUUUGGAGCUCGAAUGGUUGUUUAAUUCUAGUGCUAGUCUUGUUGAUGUUGAUAUCUCUUCUAAUGGUUUACAAGGUCCUAUUCCUGUUGGAUUUGGGAACAUGGUUAACCUUAGAAAUCUCAGUCUUGCUUCAAAUGCAAUUGACGGGAAAAUUCCAGAGUCUUUUGGUAAGAUGACAUCCCUCACAAAUCUCUUUCUCUCUAACAAUAUGCUUCAAGGUAAUAUCCCAGAGUCUUUUGGGAGGAAUUUAGGUCGAUUGCAAUGGUUGGAUUUAUCUGAAAACAAUUUUGAUGGAGACCUAGAGGAGUUCUUAAAGGGGCUAUUUGAUGGAGAAGGAGCCACAAGAUCCUUGGAGACUUUGAGAUUAGGUAAUAACAAGCUAACUGGUUCAUUGCCUGAUAUUACAAAAUUUCCAUCCUUGAAGACAUUCUGGCUACGCGGCAAUCAGUUGAAUGGUUCUUUCCCAAAAAGUUUUUCACAAGUCUCAACUCUGGUGUUUCUAGACUUGGCCAAGAAUCGUAUCACAGGUACGUUGCCUGAUCUAACCUAUUUUAAGUCAUUAAAAAAGUUAGAUCUUAGCAACAAUCAGCUACAUGGAAAAUUACCAAAGAGCAUUUCCCAACUUCAUGACCUUGAACUCUUGGACGUGUCUUCAAAUUUAUUGAAAGAUACUGUUUCCGAAGCUCACCUCUCUAAUCUCUCCAACUUAAAGGUCUUGCACUUGGCUUAUAACUCAUUAACUUUAGAGUUCAGCACUAACUGGUUUCCUCCUUUUCAACUAGAUGUUAUUCGCCUCGCAUACUGCAGGUUGGGAAUUCAUUUCCCAACAUGGAUUCGAACUCAGAACAAUUAUUCUGAACUUGAUAUCUCCUAUGCUGCAAUAUCUGAUAAAGUUCCUAACUGGUUUUGGGAUCUUUCCCCAAGAUUAACAUAUCUAAAUCUGUCUUACAACCACUUAAGUGGUUCAGUGCCUGAUUUAUCAUCCAAGUUAGUUUCUUAUUCCAGUUUAGAUUUUAAUUCUAAUCAGUUUGUGGGGCCUGUGCCAUCACUUCCGCCUGAUUUAACAUCUUUGCAUCUCUCCAAAAAUAUGUUUACUGGAUCUGUUUCAUUCUUGUGUUCAAUUGCCAAUGGCUACUUCACUUCUCUCGAUCUCUCAGAUAACAAGUUAUCUGGAGAGCUUCCUGAUUGUUGGAUGGACAUGUCAGAAUUAGUUAUUCUUAAUUUGGGUAAUAAUUAUAUCUCUGGGAAAAUUCCGAGCUCUCUGGGUAGUUUAUACCAGCUUCAAACUUUGAACUUGAGGCACAAUAGUUUGGUAGGGGAGUUGCCCUUGUCCAUGAAGAACUGCAGCAAGCUAAAUAUUCUUGAUCUGGGUAACAACAAAUUUUCAGGAAUUAUACCAGCAUGGGUAGGUACACAUCUAACCAAUUUAAUUGUUUUGAGCCUGCGAUCAAACGAGUUCCAUGGAAGUAUACCUACACAAAUGUGCCAUCUCAACACUAUCCAGAUCAUGGACCUGUCGCGAAACAACAUUUCAGGAAAAAUACCAGUUUGUAUCAGCAAUUUUACAGCAUUGGUUCAAAGUAAUAGCUCAAGUGGUGCACUUGUAUUCAACAUCUCAGCUUAUGAAGGUUACUAUUACCAAGGUGGCGACUAUGUAGGCAAUGCUUUAGUGCAAUGGAAGCGACACGAAUCAGAAUACAAAAAUACGUUAGGGUACUUGAAAAGCAUUGAUCUUUCGAGCAACAAAUUAGUUGGGAGCAUACCUGGUGAGUUUGCAAGUUUGAAAGAAUUAAUUAGCUUGAAUUUGUCAAGAAAUAGUUUGACAGGAAGUAUCAUUCCAAAGAUUGGGCAGCUGAAAAUGUUAGAAUCUCUGGACUUGUCUCAAAACCAGCUUUCAGGUUUGAUUCCAAAAGGCUUUGUUGGAUUGAACUACCUAAGUGUCUUGGACUUGUCAUAUAACAACUUAUCAGGUAAAAUUCCAUCAAGCACCCAACUGCAGAGCUUUGAUGCCUCUAACUAUGCUGGAAAUGUGGAACUUUGUGGGCUUCCCCUUCCAAAGAAGUGUCCCGGAGACGAAACAAGUCAUCAGCCAAACAAAGAUGACAAUCUACAAGACGACCACGACGAUGAUGACAAUGAGAAGCUUUUAACAGCAGGGUUCUAUGUAAGUUUAGUUCUUGGUUUUGCUGUUGGAUUUUGGGCAGUAUUUGGUUCUUUACAGAUGAAGCCCUUAUGGGAAAAUGCAUAUUUCAAGUUUCUAAUUAACAUCAAGGAAGGCAUUCAGAAGAUCACCUCAGCAAAUGCUGCUAGAAUAGGAAGGAUGUUUAGAUGUUAA